UGGAAAGCUGAAGAAACGCGCGCGGGCACAAGAGGCGCGUGGAGGGAGGGAGGGAGAGAGACCCUAAUACCGGUGAGUCAGUCAGUCUGCCUCGUCCUCAGUGUUCCUUCCAAACUACGAAAAGCAACGUCUUAUUAGGGCUCCGAAUCCCACUCCCUUUCUCUCCUCAAAUUCACACGACUCUCUCUCUCUCAGCUUUCUCUCUCCUCCUCCAAUGGACGAGUCCUACUCCGGCCUCCCCACCAGCCAUUUACUCGGCUCAGUUCCGGCUGUUGUAAGUGAAGAUAAAGACAAGAGUACCGCAAGCUAUGAAGCACCUGAAGCGAAUUUGCAAAUCUUUCCCCCGAAUAAUGGAGGAGGCAAAGGGCGCGGUUAUCAAACUGUGGGAGGUCCAAGUGAAACAUUUGAAGAACAACCGGCAAACAACUGGAGGGGAGUAUUUAAUGUCGCAUCAUACACACAAUAUUUCAAUGUGGAUACGGACAUUGUCCUGAACAGAUUACUAAGUUCUUUGUUUCCCCACACUGGAGAUUUCUUCAGCAAAAUUGAUGCCAACCCUGAUCUAUAUGGGCUAGUAUGGAUCUCCACUACAUUAGUGUUCAUUCUGGCUGCACUUGGAAACUGUGCAACCUACCUAAUGGACAAGCACAGUGAUACCUCUACUGCUUGGGGCUUUAAUGUCAGUUAUAUGAGUUUGGCAGCCUGUUCAGUCUAUGGUUAUGCAAUUUUGGUCCCCUUGGCAUUUUAUUUUUUGCUACAGUAUAUGGGGGCAAAUUCUAGCCUUAUUCAACUCUGGUGUAUGUGGGGAUAUUCUCUCUUCAUCUUUGUUUUAGCAUCUUUUGUGUUACUUAUCCCAGUUGAGGCUCUUAGAUGGAUCAUUAUAGUUCUUGUCGGUGCUGCGUCUGCUUCCUUUGUUGCCUUGAACCUCAGGUCUCAUAUGGAGGGGAGUGAUAUUACAAUAGUGGUGAUCGCUGCAUUUCUCUUGCAAUUGGCUCUGGCAAUCUUCUUUAAGGUUUACUUCUUCCCAUGAGUGUUACUAGGCAGUAGGCACAGUCAGUCUCUGAAUUCCUGAACUUGAAGCAGCUAUGAUAUCUGGAUGUUAGAAGCGACUGGAGUAGCACUUACGAGAUCGGUUUUGCAGUGUGUUGGAAUUACUCACUCGUGUGGAUUGGAUUUCAGUGAAGAGUAGGAGGCAUGGCAUUUUGUAAUCCAUGCUCUUCUCAAUCAUGGAAUUUUUCUCCCUUAAACCUGAUUCUGUAAAUAAAGAAUGUAUUCAGAGAUGUUAUAGUUGUAGUUGUUACAUGGAGUAAAAGAAGGUUUAUUAAGUCAUUAUAAAAAGACUUCAUUUUC